CUUGACAGAUGGCAGGCGAGAGACGCUCCUCUCGGUUGUCUCUCUCUCGGUCCGUUGGUCUAUCCCGGUUCCCAUUGUCUCCCCUUUUCACUCUUUGAAGACAACCCCGAGACGACAAAACUAAACUUAGCCCUUAUUCCGUCCAUAUCGCCUUUAGUACGUUACGUUUAGAGACUUACCUCGACCUGAAAUUUCACCCUGUCCCUCUCCGUACGAAACGUGGACAUGCUUUCUGUGUUUUUUGUCUCUCUCUCUCUUUUUUUUUUAACAUUGUAGAGAUUUAUUCGCUGUACCGGAGGAGGCAGUGAAUGAACCGACUAACGGCGGACGUGGAGUGACAAAACGGCGGUUGUGUUGUGGAGCUGAUGGGAAGAUGAACCGGAGGAGGAGGACUUACUAGCCAAACAGAGACACCGAAAUCAGCUUCUAGUGGCUGUUGACAUAUCACAACAUCCUAGCAACAAUUUGACUCACCAUUUUUCGAGGGGAUUAAAAAAAUAAAAAAUCAGGGAAAAAAACUAAGACACUGGAUUUCAACUACAGGUUUGGAGAUAUAAACGUUGUGUUUGGUUACGGUGUGAAUGAACAGUAGAGGAUGUUGCCGCUACAUGCCCGUGACUUCCCCUGAGAGGAGAGGAGCUGGUCUGUGUAAGGAGGCAGGGACCACUUUCACUUGUUUUCUCCACCCUAAAACAAAUUAGGCUGUUUCAAUCAGCCAAAUCCAAGUGGCGCUUAAUCGGAUUAUUAAACAAGAGAGUAGCUAAUCUGGUGAAUAUAUCGAUUUAAUCUCCUAAUCUCGCCAUCUCUCUGCUUUUUUCAGUCUUUCAGUAAGUGGCUACAGUACAGGACCGUGUCAAAGAUGGUACUUAUCGAGGCAGUCCGGAGUUUGUAGUCCAGUAGGUGAUAACUGGACAAGUAGACCCUUUGUGGACAUAACUCUAGAGUCACUGUAACCUUUGUUUAACACAGGAGUCCAGUCUUAAAACACUAUAGUUUUACUUAAGACCCACAUUAUCAAAAAUCUGAAUCAGUUCAGUGUUUUUUGCCAAUUAAUCAAAAUGCACCGCUUCACCUGAUUUUUUUUGAGCUACUAAAUUGCCUUCAGUUGCAGAGGCUUGGAAAGGGUCUGCUUUCAUGACUGAGCUCCGUGGAUACAUUGAGAACAAUUUGUGGACUUGAAUCAUCCCCAAGGCCCACCUUCCAUCUUUGAUCCCUGACCCCUUGCGUGUUGGAAAUCCAGGGGACCACAUUUCAGGCUCUUAACCUGUCAGCAGCUCCUCCAUUUGAAUGAAGUAGUAGCCUUUCAUUCCCCUGAGCUCCAGCGAGUACAGGGGCUGUGCUCUGUUCUCUUAGGCUGGGCAGCGAGCGCCUCUACCUGGGCUGCCAGCCAGCCAGACGGCCCUCGGGGGGCUUUUGGAUUUUGAAGGGCCAGCUGGAGAUUUGGGAGUUACCCAGAGUUUCUUCACCACGUGGACCACAGGAGAGAGGGAGGAGGACACCAUGGGGUGCUGUAGUGGCAGAUGUACCUUGGCCUUCAUCUGUGGCAUGCAGCUGGUCAGUGUGUUGGAGCGUCAGGUGAUAGAUUUCCUUGGCUACCAGUGGGCUCCCAUCCUGACCAACUUCCUCCACAUCAUUGUUGUCAUCCUGGGUCUGUUUGGCACGAUCCAGUUCAGGCCAAGAUAUGUCACAGGGUACGCAGCCUGGCUCGUAGUGUGGAUGACCUGGAAUGUUUUCAUCAUCUGUUUUUACCUGGAGGUUGGGGAUCUGUCCAGAGACUCUGACCUUGUGCUGACUUUCAACCUGUCCAUGCAUCGCUCCUGGUGGAUGGAGAAUGGCCCAGGGUGCAGGGUGACACCCAUCACCCCUCCCCCUUCCUGGGCACCCGAGGACCACCGAUAUAUAUCUAUAUCUGGCUGUCUGAUGGAUUUUCAGUUCAUAGAGGUGGCUCACUCCUCGCUGCAGAUACUCCUGGCAUUGGUGGGGUUUAUCUACGCCUGCUACGUGGUCAAGCUCAUCUCUGAAGAAGAGGAUAGCUUUGACUUUAUAGGAGGGUUCGACUCGUACGGUUACCAGGGCCCCCAGAAGACCUCCCACCUUCAACUACAGCCCAUGUACAUGUCAAAGUAAACCCAGGAUAUACUCCAGGAGUGCUGCCUUACCAACCACCACUGCUUAACAUCCUGCUUUUACUACUCCAACUGUCUUUUUUAUUAACAACAACUGAAACACAGACAGGUAGACGGGAUACAGAAGACACUAAGAUAUUCUGCGACUUGACCUACAAUUACCCUUAGUACUUUGUCAGAAGGCUUCCCUGAUCUGCAUGUCUGUUGUUUUUAAAUGCAGUUAGGUGUGUUCCUGAUGAAACACUGACCUCGUGUGGUUGAACAUGGUAACUGCAGGACAUAUGCUUUUGUCUGACUUUGAGGGACACAAUCUGGCGCCAGUGGCUCGCCUCCUCCUGUGUUGUUUGCUAUCUACAUUGUGAAGGAAAGCAAAGGGAUGCAAAGACUCAUUGGUGAUGUGUUUCUUCCAGUGAGAACUCAUGGAUUCCUGCCGUCAGAGAAAUGUUAACAUGGAGCCUUGUUCCUUCACGCUACUGCAGAAAUCAUUUGCUUUCUCAAGUGUUGUGGUAUCUAACAGCUCCCAAUUGCAGAUAUGCCUGACCAAAGAGUUAAAAAAAAAACCCCAGAGAUGCAUCCGUGUGUACACAAUGGAGCCUGUUUCACCGUCUCUGGAACUCUUUUGCUCAUUGUGCCUGACAGAUUAGACACCGGACUUUAACCAAACUGACCAAGCAUCUCCGAACAAGACUACCGAUCAAGGAAUGUCAGACUUCAUUUUUCUAAGAUUUCUUUAUGGUGCAUUUGGGUAAGAGCGAGUGCAAAGAUGGAGGCUUGAUAUAAGUAUAGACUGGACUCAAGCGCGACUACAUGCUACACAUUUUACCCUGUUGUUUCAUCAAAAACUCUGAAUGUUAAAUAACAGUGUGACGCGUAGAUUUACAUAUUGUCAUCACAUAUGUACAUUUGUACAGGAAGCAGACAGUCACAUACACACAUACAGGCAUUAAGAAAUGCAUAUGUGAAUACACACAUGCAUGCACACACAUACUUAUAACAGACCUACCACUUAACUUUUUUACUACUAAUGUGAAUCUUAACAAUGUUUACAACAGGAAUUCUGUCUGUCAGACAGAAAGACUGAACAUUUGACUGACAGGGGCAACAGGUAGAUAGACAGGCAGACAUGGAGGCAGACAGGAGACUCAAGAGAGACACUUUUUAGCUGCAGCAUCCCAAACACCAUGGGAUGUUUUCUUCCAUAUUAAUACAGACAGGACAGUUGUUCCAGAUGUAUUUCUUUGGUCCCUUGCUGUCUAAAUAUUUUGUCUUCCAUCCAAGACAGACAGGUAAAGGGAGAUAGAGACAGAUAGAACAUGACAGAGAAAACAACCACAGAAGAGCGAUUGAGGUCGGGCAACAGUAUCCCAUCACCCUCAGUCCUCUUGGCAACCCCACACCCAUCUCUCUCAGCAGGCAAGUUUUACCCUUUUUUUUAAAAAAAAAAAAAGAAAAUUAUAUUUAGGAAAAAAUGCUGGAAGCCAGAUAAAGUGCCCAAUCAGCCUUAUCGUCUGCAGCAUCCAGCUCUUUUUAAUAACAGAAAUAGUUCAAAAGCAGUCAAACUCUUCCACAGGCAAUGCUUACACAGAGGAAAAAGACACACCCUUUACAGAAAUGACAAUCACAGUCAAAGUGGCCUGAAUCUUGUCACGGAUUGGCAUUUUUGUAUCAUAAAAAAAGUGACGGAAAGCUGAAAAGUGGCGUCAUCAUCAUGUGGGAGCAGAGAAGCCUCUAAGUUAGACAAUUAUUUGAUGAGUUUUUUUAUUAUUGUUCUUGUAUUGCAACUCAAACCGCUAGUGGAUAACAAAGCUUGGUGAAAGAAAGAAAAAGAAAACAACAGACGCUGACACCGUAAGCAUCCAUCUUCGCCUGCAGACCUAUGAGGAGAAAAUGAUACCAGAGGAAUGCCAGAGACUUAGCAGCUGCCCCCUCUCACCUCACUACUCAAAUUUUAAUGUUGAAAGUGCCAACCGAAUCACUGCAUGGACAUCUGUAAAGCCUGGUUUCUGAACACCACAGACUGGGACCAAAAAUAAUGGGUCUCAGGUUCACUUUUCUCUGGUUCCCAUAUAAGAAAAAUAGCAAGGAUAUCACAAAUAUUAAAAAAACAAACAAAAAAAAAAAAAACAACCACAUUGGCAUUCCAGACGACCAGCAGGUUUUCUGUUUUUAUUUUUUAUUUAUUUUUUAUUUUUAUUUUUUUUAUGUUCAGAAAACCAACUGAUUCCUUCUGGAAAUGUGGCUAAACGUGUUGCAUUUGUGUUGCAAUCAGUGGACCAAAAGUUUGAGGCCUUCUCCGUAUAUCAAAAAAAAAUUUUUUGGGGGAAAAAGAGUGGCUUCUCUUGACAUGAGGAUGGACUCACAGACCGUUUCGCUCUACAAACUGAUCUCAAAGUCCACCGUCCGCCCCCUCACUCCCCCUCGGCCAGUUAUCUUCAGCAGUUUAUCUGUUUUUUUAACAAAACUCUGUGGGUUAUGUUCAGAAUCACUGCCCCACGUGGCUCCACUGUCACUCUGGAGGACAGAAACAACAUUUUAUGUGUUUGCAUGAGGUGUUUCCAAACUAUUGCGUAUUUAAUCUCAUGCUGCGUGUGACUAACUAGCUACUUAAAAUGGGAACUGUUUGGUUUGUUGAAUGCUCCUCAACUCUCUUCAAAGAGUCCUAAAUGUGAACUUUGUGAUUUUUCUAUAAAUAACACAGUCUGAAAUGUCUGCCAAGUAAAGGAGAAAAAUAGCUACUACAAUGUAAAACGAUGAAAUGUAACUUUGAACUUCUAGACGUUUUUUAAUCACAUGUGGCCGUGUUUACUGUUUUUUCUAGUUGACUACUAAUGUAUGAUGUUGUGUACAAGUGGGACUACUAUGUUUUAUUUCUUCUAAUUGUACAGUGUAUGUGAAAUGAGAGAGUAAGAGGAGAAAGGGGGGAAAGAGAAUUAGUUGCACUAUAGUCUAUAAUUCUUUCAUUAAACCUUCUGUAAAGACUGGAAAUUCACUUUCACUUCAGCACAUAAUUAACUUUACAUUAUUAAUUUAUAUUAAUUGCCAAACAACACUACGCAUUGCUUUGUGAUAAACAAAUUCACUGCAGAUAAAGUGUCUUUUUGGUAAAUUCUAAUCAGGAACUGUAAAAAAGGUCACAUAUCCAUUAUUUUGAAGCUUCAUUUGAAAAGAUAGUUGGUUAUGUCAUUAGCAAAUGUUAUCAUUUGAACUGAAAGUGAAUUCAUUUGUUAAUUUAUUUGUCUUAAGGACUCAGAUAAAUUGAUUAUUAGCUGGCAAUGUGGAAUCAAUAUCAACCGAAAUACCAGAUUUAACAAACUGAAGCAAAUAUACACAGAAACAGAAAGAAUUCCAGAUAUCUAAUGUGACCCAAAUAUGUGUGUGUGUGUGUGUGUGUGUGCGUGUGUGUGUGUGCACGUGUGUGUGUGUGCGUGCGUGUGUGAGUGUGUCUGAGAGAGACUUUGUACCGCGAUAUGUUGUUUUCUGUGUCAUGGUGAACUGAACAGCUCUUAACCCACAACCUGCAAAGCCACAACCUGCUCCGAACUUAACAGAAAUUUCAAGUAGAAGAAGAACUCAUCAAAGAUUGUUAAUUAACAGCAAUAACAACAGUAAUAAUAUAUUGUAAAGUAAUAAUAACAUUAAUAAUAGACACAAUCUAGAUAAUCCAUUAUUUAUCUUCAGAGUUGCUUGAUCUCAUUUAGACUUUGGAACAGUCAAUAGAGCUUUUGUCUGUAGAUCUAAAAAUGCACUUCCAUACAAAGAGAAUUAAAAAUGUAAAGAAGAAGCUGGAGCCAAGCCAUUGAGCCAAACAUUGUAAAGUUACAUGGUCUCUCCUGAUAUUUAACUACUCCAUUCUUUACAGUUGUGGAGCAUACAGUUACAGUUAUUAAUAUGGUAUUGAGUAAAUGUCAGAAUAAAAAGGAAAGACAAAGUCUGCAUUUGGCAAGUUUUUCACAGAAUCUGAAAAGAAAAUUUGCAUUUGAUAAGCUGAAUUCAGCAUUGUCAGCUUUAUAGAAAUAGUGUUUUAGUGUUUUUACAGUUUAAAGUCUCCAAAGAAUUCCAAAUCUUAAGGAAUUCUCUAUAGUCUAAAAUAUUUAUGACUAAAUAAGCAACGAUCAAAGUUAAAGUUGAAAUAACAUCUUUAGUUAUCAUUUAUUUAGAGUUUAACAAGGAAAAAAAUUCUUCUAAUAUUGCUAAACUGUGAUGAGUGCUCAGACGUAUGUGACAUCACCUGUUGCCAACUGACCUCAUUCACUUCAAACUAGUGAGAACAGCACGGACAGAUGUUCAGAGAAGAUUAUCAAGCAAGAAAAGUGUAGGAUCCAUGACAGAACCCUGAGGUACUCCGCCACCUAGCUCAGCUACUUUAUGUAGCGGGCCACUGUGUAUUGUAGACAGUAAAAAAAUGUAAAUAUAUUUGUCUAAUUCUCUGAGACUCCCUUUGCUUUCAUUUAAUCUGAAAUUAAUUUAAGCGAGCUCAGAGAGUGCAAUAACACAUAAUCGUAUUACAUUAACAAACACCACACUGUCAAUACUUCAAUGCAGGAAUAUGCCACUAACUGCAGGUGGAAAAAUACUCUAAUCUUUCUCUGUGGCUCUGGGUUGAUUUGUUAAUGUUCACCAAUGACUAAAACCAUCUAUGUUGGUUUAACUCCUCUUUUUCUGAUGGUUUUCCCACAGGAGACUGACUGUACAUAAACUAGACAGUUGGGAAUAAAGUAGACAGUGAAGAAAGUCUAUAA